UUCUUACAGCCACUUUCUUUUUUGUGAAGCUCAGCAAUCUUGUGCCGCAGAUCAGAACUAUAUUCUUUGUUUUUACUGCUUGUAAUGGACGAUUGAGGGAGUUUGGCUUUUGUGUUCCUCAUAUUUAUAAUCCUGUGCAACAGGAAGUCAUGCCUGGACAACUUAAUGCUCCUAGUCACCCUGGUGUGCCAAAACAUGUAAAUAUGGACGGGAAUAUACUUCAGAGACACCGGGAAAGGAAUUUUUGGAGUUUCGGCGGCGUUUAACAAAGGAAGAGAAACUGUGGUACCUGCGGCAGGCAAACCAGUCUGGAUUUUACAUUGCAACCGGCAAUCAUGCGCCACCAAUUUCUCCGAAUUUUUUUUGGCGUCGUACACACCCGGUCUGUGCAAACAGAGAUCCAACACGCUUGGCCACAGUUGCUUUCAGUUUUAGUGAAUUCCAUUUGAAGGUUACACCCAGUCUGUGCAAACAGAGAUCCAACACACUUGGCCACAGUUGCUUUCAGUUUUCCUGCAGGGGGAGCUGGAGGCUUUGAUUACUGUGCUGAAACAGGAUCUGGAAAUCAAACAAACCUGUGAAAGUGAAACUGUCAAACGUAUUUGAUACUGAGUAGAGUUGAAAGUAGCUGACGAAAAAACGUCAUUCCUUUGAAAGUGAAAGAAUAAGUGAUGCCAUUUCAAAACUGGAUAUUUAAGAAGCUGUAUAUUUUUGCAGAGCUGCUAGCCGCUGCUAGCCACUGCAGUUCAGUUCACCUCCAAAAUGAGUUUUCGUGAGGAGAGAGAGAAAGACACUGGCUCUAAAAUGAGUUCUCCAUCUUCUGAAUCAAGCUGUGAACAACCCAUGAAGAACUCCCCUUUUGCAUUUACUGAUGCAAUAGUGACUGACCCCAGGUGGAAGAGACUGAGAUCAGAGUCUCCAGAACCCAGUGGUGUGUCAGUGAAGAGUAAUGCAUCUAUGAUGGGUCCCCCUGCACUCAGUGAGGCAACAGUGACCUCUGAACCCAGGUGGAAGAGACUGAGAUCAGAGUCUCCAGAACCCAGUGGUGUGUCAAUGAAGAGUAAUGCAUCUAUGAUGGGUCCCCCUGCACUCAGUGAGGCAACAGUGACCUCUGAUCCCAGGUGGAAGAGACUGAGAUCAGAUUCUCCAGAACCCAGUGGUGUGUCAGUGAAGAGUAAUGCAUCUAUGAUGGGUCCCCCUGCACUCAGUGAGGCAACAGUGACCUCUGAUCCCAGCAGGAGGAAGAUGUGUGAGCUGAACAGAUCUGUGCCCUCUACAUCCCACUAUCAGACCCACAUUAGGCAAGAAAAAACUGAAGCAGUCUUGCGGACACAAACACUGAAGACUGCAGACCUGCAGAGAGUCAAAGACCAGCAUAAAACCAGCAUAAUAAUCAAAUAUGAGAGAUUGUUUGAGGGAAACAAACUCCAAGAGAAUGAAACCCUCCUGAACAGGAUCUAUACACAGCUCUACAUCACUGAGGGAGAGAGUGAAGGAGUGAAUGAAGAACAUGAGGUUUUACAGAUGGAGAAAACAGCCAGAACACAACACUCCCAAAACACUCCAAUCCACUGCAAUGACAUCUUCAAAGCCUCACCUGAACCAGGAUGUGAGGAGAAAGACCAAAUCAAGACUGUCCUUACUAAAGGCAUCGCUGGAAUUGGAAAAACCGUCUCUGUGCAGAAGUUCAUUCUGGACUGGGCUGAUGGAAAAGCCAAUCAGGAUGUAGAUUUCAUGUUUGUACUUCCAUUUCGAGAGCUGAACUUGAUCCGAGAUCAUCAGUACAGUCUUCACAGACUUCUGCUGGACUUUCAUCCUGAACUUCAAGAUUGGGACUCAAAGAUUUAUGAGGAGUGUAAAGUUCUGUUCAUCUUUGAUGGUCUGGAUGAAAACAGAAUUACACUGAUGUUUUCAGACACUCAGAAAUUUUGUGAUGUGAACAAGUCUUCAUCAGUGGGGGUGUUGAUAUCAAACCUCAUGAAAGGAGAGUUGCUUCCCUCUGCUCUCAUCUGGAUCACCUCCAGACCAGCAGCAGCAAAUCAGAUCCCCUCAAAAUACAUCAACCGUAAGACAGAAAUUCAGGGAUUCAGUGAGCCUCAGAAAGAGGAAUAUUUCCGGAAGAGAGCCAGUGACCAACAUCAAGCCAGCAGAAUCAUCUCACACAUCAGAAGAGCAAGAAGCCUCCACAUCAUGUGCCACAUCCCCGUCUUUUGCUGGAUCUCAUCCAGUGUGCUUCAGAAACUCCUGAAAGAAGAUCUGAGUGUAGAAAUCCCUCAAACUCUGACUGAAAUGUACAUCCACUUCCUGCUGAUUCAUAUCAACAUAAGGAAUCAGAAGUAUGAAGAGAGAGAUCCAGAGAAACUCCUGCAGUCCAACAGAGAAGUGAUUGUGAAACUUGCUGAAGUGGCUUUCAAACAACUGAUGAAGGGCAAUGUGAUGUUCUAUGAGGAGGACCUGACUGAAAGUGGCAUAGACGUCACUGACGCCUUAGUGUAUUCUGGGAUUUGCACUGAGAUCUUUAAGGAGGAAUCUGUGAUUCAUCAGAGGAAAGUCUACAGCUUCAUCCAUCUGAGUGUUCAGGAGUUUCUCGCUGCUUUCUAUGUGUUUUACUACCACAUAUACAGAACUACAGAAGCUUGUUUUGAUUCACUGGGAUAUCUCCAUAAAAGAGUGACUGAUAAGGCUGUAAUGAACAAAAAUGGACAGCUGGAUCUGUUCUUGCGGUUCCUGUUGGGCAUCUCACUGGACUCCAAUCAGAGACUCUUACAAGAUCUACUGUCACAGACAAAGAACAGCUCAGAGAGCAUAAGGAGUACCACAGAGUUCAUUAAAGAGAAGAUCAAAGGUGGGCAUGGACUCACCACUGAAAGGUCCAUCAAUCUAUUCCUCUGUCUCCUGGAAGUGAAAGAUCAGACUCUGUCCAGAGAGAUUCAGGAGUUUGUGAAAUCAGGUAAAUACACAAAGAAGAAACUCUCUCCUGCUCACUGCUCAACAAUCGCCUACAUGCUUCAAAUGUCAGAGGGGGUGCUGGAUGAGCUGGACCUCAAGAAAUACAACACAUCAGAUGAGGGUAGAAGAAGACUGGUGCCAGCUGUGAUCAACUGCACAAAAGCACUUCUUGCUGGCUGUAAUAUCAAUGCUCUGUGCUGUCAGAGUUUGUCAUCAGCUCUACAAUCAUCAAACUCUGUUCUGAGAGAGCUGGACCUGAGCAACAAUGACCUGCAGGAUUCAGGAGUGAAACUGCUUUCUGAUGGACUGAAGAGUCCAGACUGUCAGCUGGAGAUCCUGAGGUUGUCUGGCUGUAUGGUGACGGAGGUUGGCUGUGGUUAUGUGUCUUCGGCUCUGAGUUCAAACCCCUCACACCUGAGAGAGCUGGAUCUGAGCUACAAUCACCCAGGAAAAUCAGGAGUGAAGCUCUCUAAAAAACUCAAGAAUCCAAACUACAGACUGGACAAACUCAAUUUGGAUCAUGGAGAACAUUUCAGAAUCACACCAGGUUUGAGAAAAUAUGCCUAUGAUCUCACUCUGGAUCUGAACACAGUAAACGCUCAACUCAUCCUGUCUGAGGAAAACAGAAAGGUGACACGUGUAGAAGACUAUCAGCCGUAUCCUGAUCAUCCAGAGAGAUUUGUUGAGUUCUGUCAGAUUCUGUGUAGAGAGAGUCUGACUGGACGCUGUUACUGGGAGGCUGAAUGGAGUGGAUGGUCAUAUGUAUCAGUGACAUAUAAGGGAAUCAGCAGGAAAGAAGGAAAUAACUCUUUUUUUGGACACAGUGACCAUUCCUGGAGUCUAAACUGCUCUAAAAAUGGAUUCACUGUCUGGCACAAAAAAAACCGAACUGACAUUCCUCGCUGUUCAUACUCUACUAGAGUAGGAGUGUAUCUGGACUGGUCAGCCGGCACUCUGUCCUUCUACAGUGUCUCUGACACACACACACUCACACAUUUACACACAUUCAACACCACAUUCACCGAACCCCUCUAUGCUGGGUUUGGGGUGUUUGAUUCCUCACUGACUCUGUGUCAAAUUAAACAACCUGCUGAGUAGUUAUUAAUUAUAUGUAAUCUAGAUCACAUAAUCACAUUCCAAAAAUAAGGAGUUUGAGUAAUUUGAUUAUAUUGGCCUUUAAAAUAGUUAGACUACAAUUACUUUCUAAUUAGAGCUGCACGAUAAAUCACAAUGAAAUCGCGAUUAGGCAAAUGCGAUAUAAUAAUAUGAUAGUCAAGCCUAUCUUGUCAGUGAAGCACAGUUCUUUGAUCAGUAGUAAAUCUCCAUCCGAAGGCCAGAGGGCGCGCUCACGUGGAAACUCCAAAUACAGAGAAGAAAUCCAGGAAAUCCCUGUAGCAGUAACUGAAGAAACAUAACAUUUAACUGCCUUCACUGAUUCAACGUGACUAAUAAACACAGAACUAUGACAAUAUAUGAUUUUUUGGGUUUCUAUAAUUAUUAUUAUAAUUUUCAUAAAGUAUAUAAAUAUGUAAUAAUGCAAUACUAAUCGACAUAGCCUUUAUCACUGCUUAGAAUACUAUGAAAUGUUGCAUGUCUUAUUCUGUGUAAGAAGCCACGUUAUCUCACAGAAUUAAUUAAAAACAUAUAGUAAAAAUGUUAUUAUAUGUGGUAUUUUCCUGUGCUUUCAGAAGGAGCAGAGCCGUAGUUCACUGAGAAGCUACGCAAACAACUUUCAUUAUCGCAGAACAAUUUCAUAAUCAUUUCAUAAUCAUGCGAUUAUAUCAUGCGAUUAUUAUUGCAGUUUUGCAUAGCUUGUCAGUGAACUACGGCUCUGUGUAGUAAAUGCUGCUCUAUCUGAAAGCACGUGAUGGAUGUUCACUACUGAUUACAGAACCAGCUUUACUGACUGAAAAAAAUGUGCAUGACAGUUGCAUACAAUUAAUUGUGCAGCCCUAUUUCUAAUUAAUAACUUGAUUACAUAUUAUUCACAGAAUUGCAGUAUUCAUAACUUAUUGAUUCUCUAUAAUAAUAAUAAUAAUAAUUAUUAUUAUUAUAAGAACUGCAUAAACAGACCCAGGCACAUGCCAGGUAUCUAUAUUUACAUUUUGACCACUGGAUUUACACAGGUAAUUUAUUUUAAAGUAUAAAGUAUAAAGUAAAUAGUAUUUUUUGAACAUUGCAUGUCUAAUAAACUUUAAAACUUUUGGUUCAAUAUGCUUACCUGUUGAUCAAAAAUUGCUUAAAAAAAGCUUACUUUGAUAAGAAAAUGGUAUAUUUUUAAUAUUUUGUUGAGAUUCUUUUGCAGGCAAUGACUGCCUACUGGGUUUCCUCCUUUGUAAUGCUUUGCCAGGCCUUUACUGCAGCUGACUUCAGUUGUUGUUUGUUUGUGGGUCUUUCUGCCUUUAGUCUUUAGCAAGUGAAAUGCAUGCUCAGUCUAGUUGAAAUUAGAAGCAGUUUUGGGUCAUCGUCUAUUUGUACUACUUUAGGAUAGUGACCAUUAUAGGGAGCUAGAGGAAAGGAAGAGGAAUAUGUAUGUGUAUGGAGAGAGUAAUAAAGAAGAAUGUUCACCUACGAGAGUGUGCGUCUAUGAAUGUGUAAAUCCAAUAAAAUAAACAUUAAAAUAAACAACACCCAAUCAACUUUGCUCUAUUUGACUGAAUCCUUUUACACUUCAGAAUUCAUCCAGCUGUUUUUGUCUUCUGUCACGUCAUCAAUAAACACUAGUAACUCAGUGACCCUGGAAGCUAUACAUGCUCAUGCCAUUACACUGCUCCACCAUGUUUCACAGAUGAUGUUGUAUGAUUUGUAUGAGCUGUUCCAAGGCUUCUCCUUACUUUUUUAUUCCCAUCAUUUUGGUACAGGUUGAUCUUAAUUUCAGUCAUUCAAAGAAUGCUUUUUCCAGAAGUGGUCUGGCUUUUUUAGAUGUUUUUUUGGACUUCUUUGUUCUUUGUUUGCACCUUGUGGUGAAA